AUGCCAAUGUUUGUGGGAUCAUGUGCUAGCAAGGUCCUUCAGUCUGCUCUCUCAGUGAAGGCAGGAGAUGGAGAGCCAUGCAGUAGCAAAUGCACCAGGAUUAUUCAUGGCUUUGAAAUUGUUGAAGCACCUGAAAGCGACCAGCUGGUAUCUGCUUUGCACAGCCUCACCAGGCACGUCGUGUACCGCGGCUUGAGAAGGGCAGAAGAUAUCCUCUCUCUCUUCCCAGAAAACUUCCACCACAAUCUUAAAAACCUUUUGACUAAAAUAAUCUUGGAGAAUAUCUCUGGUUGGAGGAAUGAAGCACAAGCAAGUCAGAUCUCCUUGCCUCAGCUGGUUGACAUGGACUGGAGGGUGGACAUCAAGACAUCUUCAGACAGCAUCAACAAAAUGGCAAUCCCUACUUGCCUGCUUCAGUUACAGAUUCAGGAAGAUGAUGCCAUAUGUGGAAACAGUCCUGUUGUUUCUGCAUUGACUGUGGAACUGAGCAAAGAAACCCUGGACACUAUGUUAGAAGGUCUAGGAAGGAUCCGGGAACAACUUUCUUCCAUUGCAAACAAAUGA